AUGCCAGGGAAAAAACGCGUCCAGACAUAUGAUGUUAUCUCAGACGACAAUGACGAUGACCCAGGGAUGACAAAGAGUUACUCACAAGUGUUGAACGUAUCUCAAGACAAAAGAAGGGUUCGGACGGUACAAGAGGCAAUGGACAGGCCACAGACGCCUAGUGAAGUCCAACCAGCGGGGGCGUCAAGUCGCGAAGAAGAAGAGUUCCCCAGUCACUGGGAACCCACACUAGAUCCAGCAAUGGACACAGACAACAACCCCGACAGCGACAUUGAUCACGAGCCUAUGGCCAGUGAGCAUGUUAUUGUCACUUCUCUACCAAGGAAACAGCGAUCAUCAGAUGAUCCACUCCAAAUCUGGCUGGGUGACAGUGCACGCGAUGGGUAUAGAGCCGAAUAUCUUGACGAGGACUUACGACGUGAGGGUCGGGGCAAUGCGGCAACAUAUCAGUGUGCAUGUAAAAGCGGAAGGACAAGGGAAUACCGCUGCGAGAGCUGCAGCGGACAUUACAUGUUCUGCGAGGAGUGUUGUUUAGAUGCGCACCGAAAUUUGCCUCUGCAUUUCAUUCAAAAAUGGAAUGGCCAAUUCUUUUCACGUGUCUCAUUGAGGAACAUGGGGCUCACAGUUCGCCUGGGGCACGAAGACGGGACGAGUUGCGGUCUUCGAAAGUCAGGCCAUGCAAAGUUUGCCGUCAUUCAUACAAAUGGUAUUCAUCGCGUCAAUAUCGAGUACUGCGACUGUCUGCAGAAGGCACCUCACCGUCAGCAGCUUCUUCGCUACGGCUGGUAUCCCUCUACAGUAGAUAUACCUCACACAGCGUGUACGGAAGAGGUCUUAUGUCAAUAUUCGGCUCUUACCUCAAAAACCGAGAUAUCUGGCCAUGGGUUUUAUCAGUCGCUCGAGCUUUUGACUGAUCUGCUUGGACUUGACGUACCACCGAGCCGAUAUAAAGUGUUCCUUCGUACGGUACGACAGCAUGGGCAUAUUCGCCUCAUGAAAGAAGCCGGCCGCGGCAAUGUCGCCAACGGACUGGAGACUACAAGGCCUGGAGAGUUAGCCGUGUCCUGUCCUGCGUGCCCACAACCGGGCAUCAAUUUACCUUCGGGAUGGGAGGACGCUGAUGAUUCCUGCAAACUGAAAAACCGCGACCGUGGACAAGGAAAACAGUCCGAGGAUAUUGAGCUCCACAAUGGCCUCGCAUAUUUUGUGAAGACAGAACCAUAUCUGAAACAUGUGCGUCAGUAUGCGUCGCAGAAAGAUAUUUCUACUUGUAGCGGUUUUCGAGCAAUGGAGACCGUCAACAGCAAGUUCACAAAUGGACUACGCGCUACUGGCGUAGGUAUGGUCAUGUGCGCUCGACACGAAUUUAUUCGAGCCCUCGGGGUGGGCGAUCUGCAGAACGGAGAGCGAAAUUGCAAUAUGGAUUAUUUGUUCUUCUUGGUUCUUGCCCCACUCCUGUUACUCAUGGUGGUCAUUUCCUACGACAUUGCAUGUCAGUGGAAGGUUAACCUUUUCACUCGGAUGGACAACCUGCCUCCAGAAAUGCAGGUUUCGCUGGUGGCGCUCGUAAACGCGCUCGUCUUCUGUGUGCCUAAGUUUCAUGCUCCCGGUCACGGAGAGAUCUGCGCAGUACUGCACUCACUCAAUCUGAUGCUGGGUGCAGGCCGCACCGAUGGCGAAGGGAUUGAACAUGGUUGGUCUGAGAUCAACCUUGCGAGUAACAGCACUAAGGAGAUGACACUUGGAUUCCGGCAUGAUACGCUUGAUCUUCUCUUCACAUGGCAUAAUUUACACAAAUACUACACCCUCGGUACCAUUCUUCGGCGUCGACUUCUCGUGGCAUUGGACAUGCGAAGCAUCCAGCGAGACGCGCUUGAUCUAUUCAAUGAUUCUAUCGAUUCCAAGGAUCGCGAAGCCUGGUCGAACAUGAGGGAUGUUUGGGAGAAGGACCACAAAAAACUGAAUCCAUACCUUCCCUCUCGACCAUCUAUAUCUGAGGCCGAUGUCAGAGCGAGAUUGGUGCAAAAAGAGAAAGAGCUUCUCGUCCUCCCACACGACAUAUCGCCUAGCGUCUUCAUACGCAUGGCGAUGUCCAUUGAGGAUAAGCAACGUCGCAUCCGCGCUGAUCUGCAACGCUUGAGAGAGCUUACCGCCGAAGAACGCACGCAGGUCGAGUUGCGCCGGACCAACCUUUACCGGGAGAUCGAGAAGCUGCGUGAAGUCCAGAACGUGUACAUGCCCGGUAUCAGCGCUCUCAUGGCGGCCAGCGAUGGUGAUCGUCAAUCGUCCGCCGAAGACAUUAAGCUCACGCUCCCCUCGGCACUGGAUCAGGAGAAGCGGAAGAUUUGUACCCAUAGUAUCGACGAGGUCGAGUGCGAGCUGCGCAAUGCCCAGUGCUACACCAGUCUCGACAGAGUUCGAUCACUGCUGCAGACGAGGUAUCAUUUUACCAUUCACCGAUCUCUGAAUAUUAGAGGACAAAGGGCAACCACGCGAGCGGUAAAACUAGUUCAAGAUUACGAACGAAAACUCCAGGCGGAACGCACCAAGUAUGAAGAAUCGUACGACGCCCUCGUCUCGCUCAAAGGACCAGGCCUCUGGCAGCAGAGUCUGAAGCCGCUCCUGAAAAAAGACCUGCGUGCGCUUCAGGAGCCCGAAGGUGAGGAAGGGAUGUCGAAGAAGAGAGCGGAUGAGAUACAACGAGGAUUGGGGGAGGGCCAGCGGACCGUAUCGUGGAUAUGGACUACGUCAGAUUCAACAAACUGGGAAAGCGGGAAAGAGUCUCGCGAAGGCAUUCAAAUCGAGUGGUUAAAAGCCUGCGCGCGCACCAAGCGAUGGGAAGAGGAAGUGGAGUUGCUGAAGGAGGAGAUGAGGAGGGUGCGCGUGUUCCUCGAGCACCGGGCGCAAUGGUGGGAAGCGCGCGCGGUGAUAGAGCCGCUGCCCGUCAGUGAACCGCCAUCGAGAGGGCAUCAGACGGCAGAAGAGGACGGAAACGCACCGGAAACGUUUAUCACAUCCGCCAUACUCGCGCGGCAAGCUUUGACCGAAGGAGUCCGAGCGCACGCCCUCCAGCAGGCUGACCAGCAACGACGUUUACGGGACAAGUUUACUCGUUUGUGGGAGAAGAAGUGGUCGGCAGAGGAAGCGAUGCUUUCACUCGCUCUAAACGAGCACCCCGACAUUGAUUCGGACGUGGAUGCUGGCGAGCUGAGUGAGGGGGAGAGCGGGCCAGCGGGGGACGCCGAUGCGGAUGACGCCAAGCGCGAGGAUACAGACAUGAUUACCUAA